GGGCUAACAUGGUUAUCACGAUGCGCCUACCGUUCCUUAUCACAUUCCUGCAGCUGCACGCUCGUAAUUAGCGUCCUUUCCCCGGCCAUCACAGUCUUCCCAGCGAAUCAGCGCCCUGACAUGAACAUCACCUUAGCGCCGGCUUUUGUGACCUGUACCUCCCCAAGGAUGGCGGCGUGCCACCCUCGUUGCAGUCGCUCGAGUCGUCCCGGCAAUGUUUGUACCCCUCCAUCGCUCAACUAUUCAGCGGCAUGCCAAAUAAUAGCCAUUUCUAUGCAUACCCCCUGUUCGUUGCUUCGUUGCGCGCAAUGCAUGCCGCUGGACAAUAGACAUAUGUACGGGACAUUCAGGCGCAGGAACUCGAGCGAGAUGCCUGCUGCCCAGAUUAAUGCGCCUUCUGCGCGCUCAGCGUGCCUGGCAUGCACCCUGCGCAGUUAUCACACCGAGUCCCCAACCAUCCACCCUGACUCCGCACUGGUGGGUUUGUCCAAAUGGGCUAAUUUUCCACUCACCGUCGUGAUCAUGUCGUCGGCAAAUUAUGGCCUUUCGAAUAUCUCCGAGAAGGAGCGAGACACCGUUACGCCAUCUGCCUCUUGGACUAAGAACUCCAGGUGGGGUUCAGGCCAAGUUCAUGGUUGUUUUUCUCCCUCUGUGGUGAUGCCAAAUUACUGGAGAUCGUAGCGUUUCCUAAUCAGGAAUCCUGAUCGAGUGCCACUUGGCGCU